UAAACUACGAAAGAGAAGUGUAAAUAAGUGCUUAGCAUUACAAAAUUUUUAUUUAAUUUUAUUCAAAAUUUUUAAUAUAAAAAUUUCAUCAAACCUUCAUUGAAUUUUUAGGAAAUAUGAAUUUUUAAAAUUAGAAAAAAAAAAUGUGAAAAUGUUAAUUAUGAACAAUAAUUAUUAUGAAACGCACGAUAAAUUUGAAAAAAAAAAUCAAAAUACAAAUUUUUUGUAUAAAAAAUCGAAAGUGAAUUAAUUUUCAAAUAUUUUAAAUGAGUGUUAAUAAAAGAAGAAAGUAAAAAUAAGAAAAAAAGAGAUACAAAAAAGGAGAAACUACAAUAAAGUUAAAAAUUAAAUAAAAGUUUAUAAUAACUUUUAUGAUGGAUUUUAAGGAUUUAAAAGGUGCCAAAAUAACACAUGCGGGUCUAUUACAACAUAAUCCCGAUGGCACCACCGAAACACAAAAAAUUACCCAUGCAGGACUUGUUGCAAGAAGUCCUGAAGGUACUGCUGCUAAAGGUAUGAAUAUACGAGGUAAUGAAGAUUUAUGGGUUGAAAUACAAGCCAAUACAUUUCGUAAUUGGGUUAAUGAACAUCUGAGAGAUACUGGAAUGCAGGUUCACGAUUGGUCAACAGAUUUCUGUGAUGGUACACAUUUAUGUGCUUUAGUUGAAAAACUUCAAACAAAACCAUUAAAACCGUCAUGGAAUCGGCGACCAGCAAAUCAACAUCAUUAUUUAGAGAAUGCAACUACAGCACUAAAUGCUAUCGAAGCUGAUCAUAUUAAACUUGUUAAUAUUGGGAAUGUUGAUAUAGUCAAUGGAAAUAUUAAACUAAUCUUAGGUUUAAUAUGGUCUUUAAUUGUUCGUUAUCAAAUAGGUAGAAGUAAAUUCCCACCUAGAAAACUUAUGUUAGCAUGGCUACAAGCUGCUUUACCUGAUUGCCGAAUAGCCAAUUUAACAACUGAUUGGAAUAGUGGUGUUAAUUUAGCAGCAUUAUUAGAUUAUUGUGAACCAGGUUUAUUCCCACAUUGGAGGAGUUUGGAUCCUAGUCAAAGUGUUAGAAAUUGUACAAACGCCAUGGACAUAGCACAAAGAGAAUUUGGUAUACCAAAAGUUUUAGAACCAGAAUAUUUAGCAUCACCUUGGCUUGAUGAAUUAUCCGGUAUGACAUAUUUAUCGUAUUUUAUGAAACCCGGUGGUCCAGGCUACAAUGCAACAAUGAGAUGGGUCAAUACACAAGUUAAAGAUAAAGUUACGAAUUUUACAACUGAUUGGAACGACGGCAAAGUAUUUUGUGAAAUUAUAAGAAAUUUAGGCGGAUCGGCUCCAGCGCCUGAAAAAUUAAGUGUAGAUCCAUUUCACUAUGAAAACAAUAUUAGGAAAGCAGUUGAAGCUGGUAAUAAACUUGGUGUUAAACCGGUUUUAACACCAAAAGAUAUGGCAAAUCCAGAAGUUGAACACCUUGGCAUAAUGGCUUACGCAGCUCAUUUACAGUGGGUUCCACCAAGACCUCCACUUUCUGAUUUAAUUAACGUUUAUUUAGAAAGCACUUCUGGUCGUGUUGGAGAACCAGCUCAUUUUCGUGUUGAUGUCUUGUCACGUGAAGUCGACAUACACUCUGUUAGAACUUUCGUUGUUACACCAUCUGGUGUAACACAUCCAGUUCGUCUUAACAAACAUGGAGAAGGCGUUUUUAUUCCGGAAAAAUAUGGCAUGCAUGAAAUAGUUGUAGAAAUUGAUCAAGAUCAACUAGGUGGUCACUUCUUCCGUGUUUUGCCAAGAUUUAUUCAAGUACCCCCACCUGGUAUGGCUCCAUGUGCCUUAGGAAGUUUAGUUGAAGUAUUAGUUAAUGCUACUGGUGCACCAAAAACUGAGGAUAUUUUAGUAACUGCUGUUAGUCCGACUGGGCGAGCUCAUAACUGCCCGCUAAAAAAAGUUGAAGAAGGUCACAGUGCCAUAUUUAAACCAGAUGAAGCUGGUAUUUGGGAGAUCGCAAUUACAUAUCAAGGCCGACAUAUACAAGGUGGUCCAUUUACUUGCGCAGUUUUCGAUCCUGAAGGUGUUUCAGUGCAUGGAUUAGAUGGUGCUAUGCCAUUAAGAGCUCAUGCAUUUGAAAUAGAUGCACGUGGUGUAGGUGUAACUGGUGAACUUCAUGUUGACAUUGUGCAUGAUAAAAGAUCACUUGUUUGUUCUGUUGAAAAAAUUCUUGAAAAUAAAUAUCGAGUAACUUUUAUGCCAAGGCAAAACGGAAAAUAUCGGGUCUAUGUUUAUUUUAAUGGUUAUGAUGUUAAAGGAUCGCCAUUUAUAAUGAGAGUUGGAACCAAAGGAAAAUCUGGAAAAACUAGAAGUAGUCCAAUGCACGACAGUAAACACCGUUCUGAAAGUCCUUCAAUGCAUUAUACAACAACAACCAAUAAACACAACGACUUUAGAACGGCCAAAAAGGAGCUUUAUAAUAGUGAACGAGAGCGGUCGUAUUCACCAUUAUAUCCUACUUCUUCGAGAACCGAACAUGAUGGGUACAAAUCGAGUAGUUUUUAUUCAACAAAGAGAGAAACUGAGGUUCAUUCCCCAAAAUUGGCAUCAACACCUACACGUGACAUAAUGUCACCAUCAAAAUAUGGCACAGAAAUUUAUUCUUCAUCUACUAAAAAGGAUGUUAAUAAACAUAAUAAUACCCACACUACUACACCAAAUAAAAAUGAUUAUUAUUUUGAAAAAGAAAACGAUUUAAUAAAACAACGAAAAAAUGAACGAGAUAUUACGUUAAGUCCGCCUAGAGACUAUAACAGUCCAUCGAAAACAUUUAGCAAUAGUUCCAAUACAUCGAGUUAUUUGAUUAAAAAUAUUAGUGAAAAUUUUUCCUCAGCGACAGGACACAAAGAUAGUCCUGUCGCUAGCCCAGUUAAUAUUCGUUCCAGCCCUGUGGUACACCAAAGUCCUCUUACUAUAAAAUCAACCAGUCAUUAUGAAACUAGUUCAAGAAAUGUAACAUCAAGUCCUAGAAAUUUAUCAACAUCACCAUUGCCGAGGUAUUAUAAUUCAUCACCAAGUAAUUAUACAACAACGGCAACACAUCGUAUAUCAAGCCCAUUAACAGUAAAUAGAAAUACAGAUAACAUUGAAACCGUAAGGCAUGUUGAGAAAUCGUAUAAAAGCUCUUCAAACUAUAUUAGUGAAUCAAAUAUUCGUGCGAGUCCUCUAAUGAGUUCAACUACAACAACAUCGUUAAACCGUAGAACUACUAGUCCAGAUCCAAUUGUUGACCAUUCAUCAAAUGUUCGUGUUUCUUCUAUUAAACCAGCGUCUUCACGUCGUGAUAGCUGGGAUGUUAUAAACAAAACGAAACAUUUACUUUCACAUAACUCUUUAGAAUCGCUAGCGAAUAUGACUGAACGGCAAUUGAAUACAGAUUUAUCAUAUAACCGUCCAGAUAUUGACCAUGAAACGCAUAAGAAUACUCAGUACAAUAAAUAUUCACUAAUAUCAUCACUGGGAAGGCGGGGUUCAGAUGAUAUAGACAAUAUUAGAUCCGGUGGAGUAACUAUUAAACAAGCUGAUAAUUCUUAUGGUUCACGUAAUAAUUAUACAACAACAAUUAAAGAAGAAACGAAACGUACUGUAACUGAACGUACCGGUACUGGCAAUAAUUACGGGACAACAACUGAACCAAUUUAUUCAACAAGGUUUCGUCCAAUAGAUAAUAAUGCUACAGGUGCUAGAGCUAUCAGAGUUCAAGAUAUACCUAAUGGAUCAAUGGGUCGUCCAGUUGAAUUCGAAAUUGAUGGAUCAAAAGCCGGUUCAGGAAAUUUAGAAAUUUUAGUUAAUGGUGGUCGUGUUACAUCGUCCGUAAGAUCUUUAGGUGGUCAACGAUUUGUUGCUAGUUUUACACCCCAUGAACCCGGAACACAUACAGUGCAGAUAACAUUUAAUGGAGACACAGUGCCCGGAUCACCUUGGCACGUCGAUAUCAUGUCAUCACCUGGUUUAACAGCACUAGGUGAAUCAACACGUUUAGUACCAGCUAAUUCACCGGCGGUUUUUGAGAUACUGCCGCCUCCUGGAGCAAGCCUAAAUAGAGGCGAGUGCCUAGCUUCAGUUUUGUCACCAUCAAAGACAAAAGUGAACGCUAGAAUCACCCACGAGGCGGCAAAUGGUGCUAUGCGAAUUGAAUUUGUACCAACAGAAGUUGGUACACAUAUAAUCGAAGCAUCAAUUGGUGGAACAAAAUUAUCUGGUGGACCUUUAAUUGCAAAAGUCUAUGAUUCCAGUUUAAUACAAGUUACAGAUGUUAAUGGUGGUGUUGUUGGUCAACCAUGUCAAUUUCGAGUGGAUGCAAGUGCAGCCGGUGAAGGGCAAUUAGAAAUAUCAAUAAAUGAAGGUGAAGUACCAAAUCAUGUACAAGUUGUUGGUGGUGGACGAUGUUUAGUUAGUUUUACACCAGAGCAACCAAAACCACAUAUGAUCGAUAUAAAAUUUAAUGGUGAAACAGUACGUGGAUGUCCAUUUACAUGUCAAGUAGCUGAUACAAGUCGUGUUAUGUUAAAUUUACAAAAUCUAGAAUUAAUACCAUUAAAUAGACCAGCAUCAUUUCAUAUAAGUGUUGGAGGUGGUGGUGCAGCUGAAUUAGCAGUUAGUGUACGUGGGCCACAAGGUGAAUUACCAGUACGUGUUACUGGUGAUAUACAUGCUGGUUUUACAGCAGAAUUUACACCAACAAAUGUCGGUGGACAUACAAUUAAUGUUGAAUAUAAUGGUUUUGCUGUACAAGGUACACCAUUUACAGCUAAAGCAUAUGAUGCCAGCAGAGUUGUUGUUGGUAAUGUAUCGAAAGGUACAUUAGGUAGACCAGUACAAUUUACUGUUGAUGCUGGUGAUGCUGGUGAAGGAAAUUUAGAAAUAACAAUAUCAGCUAAAGGACAUAAUAUACCAACACAAGUUCAUCCACAAGGAAAUGCAAGAUUCUCAGUUUCAUUUGUACCAAAUGAACCCUGCGAACACAUAAUAAAUGUUUCAUUUAAUAAAAUGCCUGUACCAGGCUGUCCAAUAGAGGUACAAAUUGGUGGUGGUACAUCUGGACCACAAGUAUCAUUAGGUGGUCCUGGACCAGUACAUCAACCCAAUUCAUUUAUAAUCAAUCAUAAUGGAGGACGUUUAGAAGAUAUCGAAGUUAAUGUUGAAGGUCCAGCAGGACAAUCUGUUCCAGCUCAGGUUCAUCAAACAGCUGAGGGUAUAUUUAAAGCAGAAUUUGUUCCACGAUCAGUUGGAGAACAUCGUGUAACCGUUACCGUUAAAGGACAACCUACCGCUGGAAGUCCAUAUGCUGCUAAAGUUUAUGAUGUAAGCGCAAUUAAAGUAAAAAAUGUUAAUCACGGUACAGUUGGAAAAGCCGUCACAUUUCUUGUUGAAACUUCACAAGCUGGUCCAGGUAAUCUAGAAGUAACUGUAAAUGGAGGACGAGUUCCUACAUCAGCACAAGCACAAGGACAACACACAUAUGCUAUAAGUUUCACUCCACGAGAUGCUCAAAACCAUACAGUUGAAUUACGUUUUAACGGUCAGGACGUACCAGGAAGCCCAUUUACAUGCCGCGUAUCUGCCGCAGCUAGGGUAAUAGCUCCUGAAUCAAUGGACAAAAUAAGUGUUGGGCGUGUUUUUGAGUUUGUAGUAGAAUCAGAUGUUGUUCCGAUAGUUGAAGUUUUAGGACCUGCACGCCGGGCGGUUCCAACAAAAAUUGAUCCUAUUGAACGUGGCCAUAAAGUUAAGUUUGAGCCUCUUGACGUCGGUGAUCAUUCAGUAGAAGUGCGUUUACCAGGCGGGGGGCAUGUUGAAGGCAGUCCAUUUUUGUUAAAAGCAUAUUCAGCUGAAAAAGUAAUUGUAACUGAUAUUCGUCCCGGAAUAGUGGGUAAAAGUGUUAGUUUUGGAAUAAAUGCAAGUCAAGCUGGUGCUGGAAAUCUUGAAAUUAUUGUUGCAGUUAACGGGAAAAAUGUUCCUAAUUUUGUUCAGUCAGAAGGUAAUGCAAGAUUUAAAGUGAACUUCAAACCUACAGAGCCAGCCCCCCACUCUCUUUCUGUCAGAUUCAAUGGUCAUCCAGUACCUGGAUCACCGUUUACAUGCCAUAUUUCGCCAGCGCCAAUUGCAAUUCCAGCUGUAGCAACAGGUGAAUCUCUUAAAUUAGCAUCAGUGAAAAUGGAUAAUCAAUUCGAAAUGGAAGGCUUUCAAGGCAUUGAGCCCCAAGUAUUUGUAACAUCUCCUGCUGGAGAUAAUGUAGAUUGCACUGUAGUACAACGUGGAGAAAAGUAUAUUGCCACGUUCCGUCCAAGUGUCGUAGGAAGGCAUUUAAUUAGCGUUACAGCAAAUGAUCAACACAUAAAUGGUUCUCCAUUUUCUUGCAACGUUUUUGAUGUAUCUAGAGUAAGUAUCAGCGGUUUAGAACAACAUGACGGGCCAACUGCAUUAGCCGUUCCAGUUACAUUUAGUGUUGAUGCAGCUGGUGCAGGAGAGGGAACACUAGAACUAGUUGUUUCCACGGAAACCAGUACUGUCAAAGCAGAGGUUGUUGCCUGUGCUCGAGGUUUAUAUGAUGUAACUUUUGUACCGCAGACUUGUGAACCUCAUUUCGUUAACAUCACAUUUAAUGAUUUACAAGUUAAAGGAAGUCCGUUCCGUGUAGAGGUAGCUCAAACCAAUAAACAAUUUCAAAUUGGUAGUUUGGCGAUUAUUGACCUACCAUCUGAAGAUCAAAUUAUUGAAGUUAUUGGACCAGAUCACAAGGUUGUUCCUUAUACCUUGGUGCAAACAAGUGCUGAAUUUCGUACUCAUAUGAUUGGAAAUUAUGUUAUCAGAUUUAUUGACCGAGAAACAAGACAUCACAUUACAUCGAGGACACUGUCUGUAUUUGAUCCAACGUUAGUGAAAAUAACAGAAGUUGGAGAAGCUCUUUGUCAUCGACCAGCAACAAUAGCGGUUUCACUGAAUGACGCUGGCCAAGGAACCCUUUCAGCAUUAGUGAGAUGUGGUUCCACGGAAGUUCCACAUUCAAUUAGAGGUCCUUCUAAAAAUGGUAAUUGGGAAAUUGUGUAUCAUCCAACUAGAGUUGCACCUCACAAAAUUACAAUCAUGUUUAACGGCGUACCAAUUUCAUCAAAAUCCCUCGAAAUAAAUGUCUUACCUUCUGGAGCCGGUAAAGAAAUAAGUGUUAAUGGGUUGGGGUUGUACCAAGCAAGAUCAGGAAAAACUACUUCAUUUUCAAUUGACACAACUGGGCGACCAGCUAGAGAAUUUGAUGUGGUUGUUUCAGGACCUGGUGGUCAGGCUUUACCUGUUAGAUGCUACCAGACAAAAGGUGGACAUUUACAAGCCGAAUUUACUAUUAAUAAAGUUGGACCAUGCAUAAUUGAAGUUUUACACCAAUCUAAACCAUUACCAGGCAGUCCAUUCACGUGUGAGGCAUUUGAUUCAAGCAGAGUUGUUCUACAAGGUAUUCAAAAAGGCCCUAUGAAUAUUCACAGCCCGAUUUCUUUUGUUGUGAAAUCUGACCAAGCUGGAGUAGCUGAAAUUGAAGCUUUAGCAAUUUCACCCAUAGGACAAAAUGUUCCAAUCAAAGUACAAGAACAAGUAGAAGGACUUCACACCAUAGAAUUCAAUCCUAAUAUGCCAGGUACAUACAAAAUUACUGUACUCUAUGGAGGAGAACCUGUACAAGGAUCUCCAGUUACAUUUAAUGUAACUACUUCUGGAGCAAAGACUGAUUCAAGAGCAACUGGAAACGGGCUUGAAGUUUCUCAUCGAGGAAAAGAAACUUCUUUCGUUGUAUAUUGCCCAACUACACCGAAUGUUCAAAUUGAAAAAGUAGAUGAAUUUGCAGAAAGGAUCGAGCCAAAAAUUAGAUCUAUUGGAAAUAAUGAAUGGCGUAUAUCAUACACAAUUCUUUCUGUUGGCAAAUAUGAUAUUCGUGCCAGCUGUCCCAAUCGAGGUGCACUUCCAGGAUCACCUUGGACAAUUUCUUGCGUGGAUUCUAAUAAAGUAGCACCUGUUGGAGGAUGGGGAUCACUAUUAGAUUAUGAAGGUCGAUUAAUUCUUCCAGCUAGAAUAGUUUUUGAUAUAUCACAGGCUGGGCCUGGUGAAUUAGUUUGUACUAUUGAUGGUCGAGAGGUUCCUGUUGACAAACAUUCGGACGGAAAAGCAAGAAUAUUUUUAUCAGCCGACAAUUUAAUUCCAGGAGAACAUGACUUUGAUUUAACAUGGAGCGGUGUUUCGAUUAGUCAAUGUCCUAGAAGUGCAUUUGUAACAGCACAACAAGCCGCAGACAAGGUAGUUUUAACUGGUAGAGGUUUAGCUGCUGCACAAGCUGGAGAAGCAGCACAUUUUACAAUUGAUGCAACAGAAGCUCCAGCAGGACGUCCUGAAGUAAUUUUAAUUCACCCAGAUAAUACAGCCGUGCCUGUUAGUUUAGCACAACCACGACCGAACGAAGCAGUUUGGCUAGCUUCGUAUACUCCACAAAAAUCUUCCUCAGGUCCUUUAACAUUAACAGUUAAAUGGAAUGGAAGAAUUGUUAAGGGUUGUCCUUUAAACGUUGCCGUUGGAUCUUCAGUUGAUUCAUCCAAAGUAAUUUGUUCUGGUGAAGGCUUACGACAUGGCAUCGUCGGGAAAGAAAUUAAAUCAUGGAUAGAUACAAGAAGAGCUGGGCCUGGCGAAUUAACAGCACAUUGUGCUGGUCCAAGAAAGGUGGCAUACUGUGAAUUAUAUGAUCAUGGUGAUGCAACUUUUACAUUAAAUAUAAAACCACAAGAAGCUGGACGCCAUUUACUUACAAUAAAAUAUGGUGGACAGCAUGUUACUGGAUCACCUUUUGCAUUAAAAGUCGCUGGUGCACCUGAUGCUAGUAAAGUACGUGUGUAUGGACCUGGUAUCGAACAUGGUGUAUUAGCAACGUUUCAAUCUCGCUUUAUAUGCGAUACGCGUGGUGCUGGCGCUGGCCAAUUAACAGUACGAGUACGUGGACCUAAAGGUGCUUUCAGAGUUGAAAUGCAACGUGAAAGUCAAAAGGAUCGUACAAUAUUAUGUAAAUACGACCCAACUGAACCGGGUGAUUAUCGUGUAGAAGUGAAAUGGGCUGGAGAUUUUGUACCCGGAUCACCAUUCCCUGUAAUGAUAUUUGACACUGAAGAGGAGCUUAGACAUUAUUUGCAAGGCAUUUAAAUUAAUAGUAAAGAACGUGAAUAAAUACAUUAUAAGAAUGACAAAAAAUAAUUACUCAACUUGAAAUAAAAAAUGCAAUGAAAAUUUAUCAAUGAGCGAAUAUCAAUGGGCGAAAAUUUCUUAAUUUAUAGAAUUAUGUAAAGAAAUGGCAAUCAACGAAAAAUAUUUGAAUUUUAAUUAUAAUCUUUAUCUAUUUUGUUUAUAAUGUUAUAAAAUAUAUAAAAAAAAAAUUUACUUUAAUAUUAUUAUAAUAAUAUUUUAUUAUUGUUUCCGUCUUUUGAGAAAAUUUAUUCCAUUAAUAUUUUUAAAAAAUUUUAUUUUUUGAAAUAAAUUUAAUUAUUUAAC